GUGGUUGUUUGUGACCAAGUUUGUUUGUUCAGUUCGCCCUUGAGCGGAUAACUACUUGCCCUCGGCAGACGUCUGUAACUACUGGUGUUCCUCGGAGUAACCUGGCGAGCGCCAGAUAUGACUGACCUGUUGGGGCGCUACGGCGUUCUGCGGUUGUUGUCUAACAAGACCAGAAAGCCCGUCACCUCAUUCCCCGUCGAUUCGGACGUCCUCACUUUUGGACGCGACACAACAUGCGACGUUCGAAUGUACUUUACAUUCGUCUCUCCCCUUCACGCCAAACUCGUGUUUGAGAACGGCCAGGUGAAUUUUAAGGCCUUUCUCAGUGUGAUGGGUAUGCAGGGCAUUGUGGUGAAUGGAAGUGUGGUCAUGCCUUCGUCGCGCAGUGGAGAACCGAUCAUCUUACCGCUUCAGGACCAAGCGGAAUUCACGAUUCACAACAAAACAUUUAGGUUCGAAUACCCUUCCGAUUCUCCCCACCCAUUUCGCGUAGAGACCCCACCUCGUAAAUCACGCAAGUCAUUACGAAUGUCGAUGAUAAAUGCUGCACGAGUUAUCUCCCCUGACAUGAAGGUCUCCCCCCUCUCUCCUUCCCUCGAAGUCCUCCAAAGUCCAAUCAAGCCAUAUGGGGAUGUAAAGUCUUCUGCCGAACGCGAUUUGGAAGUUAUCCUUGCUGAAGGAGACGACGUUACCGUUUCGAAACAAGGGAAUGACCUCGUGAUCGUCGAGUCCAUAGGAGAUUCGGACCAUGAUAAAGAAACGGAAGACUUUAAGUCGUCUAGUAUGGACUUCAUUCGCCCUCAAAGGGAACAGAGUUUUGCCAUGGAAACUCCCCGAACUCCCACAAGACCGAAGACACCAACUUCCACCAUUUCUACGCUCCACAAAGCUGUACUCGUUCGCAACUCCCGUCUUGCUAUGAUAGAUCGCGAGGAUGAAGAGGAGGUUUUCAAGGCCGUCAGCCCUGAGCGGAACAGUCCACCGGAGGAAGAAGAGGUGGAAGAACUUGACGAGCUUGAGCAGGAUUCACUCGAGGAGGAAGGCAAUCCCGUUGAACACACCAAGAACGUGAACGACGCCUCGUAUCCUGAGAACGAAGAGGAUGAGCCAAUCGAUCAGUCUUUGGUUGGGGAAGGCCAGGACCAUGAGUAUCACGAGGCCCCUCUAGGCUGUUCGACAUCCCCACGCCCAUCACUUCUCCGAGCCAGUCUCGGCGCCAUCGGCAACGUUCUGGCCGCCCCCUUCUCAAUAACAUGGGAUGCCAGCGAAAGCGAACCUGCAGAACAACCUCAAGAUGUCGCCCAUCGCGACGCAUCUGGUGUAGUCGCUCCAGAAGAAAAACAGGACGAGACCCCUGGCUCUUUGCUGGAUCACUCAAUGGAAACCGUCGAAGAUGAGGAGUAUCCUCCCGUUACGGAAUCUGAAACGGAACCCCCGAAUCAUUUGGACGAAUCCGACCCCCAUUCCCCUUCACCUGCCUCCCAGAUAGGCUUUCCUUCUCCCUCAAGGGCACCCCUUUCCCCCACCAAACCCCGUUCACAGUCCCUAGAGACGGGCGUUUCCGAAACCACCCUCCUUGCUCGUCGGAACCGCAAUAGUGCAUUCGGACUUCCUGAGCGUUGGAUCAGAAAUGCCGCGCCAGAGCCCAAUGAGAGACCCGAAGAGUCUAAUCUCCCGGACAACACACCGAUCCAGCCUGCGACCUUCUCUACGCCUGUCAAAGUUGCCUCUUUCACCGCCCCAUUCACCGCCAUCCCCUCUUCUACCCCGCUCAACAGUCAGCCUUCACAGACUCCAACUUUGGAAAGUCUUCGCAAGCAAGCUCAGAAGUUUGAGAUUGACAAUGCGAAUCGUGCUACUCGCCUCAGUUUUGGUCAUACGCCAACGUUGCUCCGAUUCCAAAGCCCAUCGAAACAGUACGCUGAGGCGCGGAGGCUCCUCAAUAUAGAUGGUCACGAAUACCCAGAGGAGUCAGAAGAGGCUGCUUCAAGUACUUCCGAAAGUGCCUCCGACACAAGUGAAAGCCCAGUAAUCGCCGCCCUCAGCACGAUGGAUGCAUCAGGGUUAGCCACUCCCACUCGUCACCACAGUCAGCCGUCGUCCCAACUCGCACCAAAGACUCCCUCGUUCGCUGGGUUCAGGAGCUUGUUCGCUCCGGUUCCCAGGGAAGCUGCCACACCAUCGUAUCAAGGGAUGCGCAAGAUGUUCCAAAUUGAAAAUCCACAAGCUGUCCCACCUACCCCUAGUUUUGCGGGCAUGAAUGAUAUAUUCACACAGGUGGAAGUGGCGGAAAUUGAGGACAUUGUCCAAGGUAUACCCUUCGUCUUCACGUUAUUGAAGUGUCAAUAACCGUUGAUCACAGCACCCAAUAUAGAUACCCAAAGAGAAGUAUCGCGAGUGCGGUCAGUCACUCCGGGUAUC